UAGACACUCUUGAUCUCUAUGCUGAUCCCAGUGAACGUCCGUCUGCAUUACGUCACCUCGCUCAGUUCCUUUGUACAUAUUGUAAGAUGAAUCAGCAUCAUGAUGACUUCCGCUCUUCAUCAUCAUCGAUGGCCUUGACUGCAAAGGAUGAAUGUUACACGAGCUCAAAUGUGACUGAUCUGAGCGUUAGUGAUGAGACACUAGAAGGAUUGCAGGAUUGUGGAUCGAUGUUUCACAAUGUGAAGAGGAUCACCAUACAGGUACGGUACACGAUCAGAUGUGACGUCAUCCAGAGGAUCCAUCUACCAGCAGUGACAGAACUAACCAUUCAAACAGAUGAGCGUUUAAAUCGCCCGGCUUCUCUUCAUGAUAAUCACACCUCACUACCCAAUGAUCUCCACAAGGUCUCAUCUCAGCUUGUCAAGGUCACAUUCACAGAUCUCGACAUCGGUAACGAUCAGGCCGAACACAUCAUUCAAGCUUUCAGAUCAACACACGAUCUCAAACAUCUGAGGAUCCUGGGAUUCACAAGAUGUGGGACUAAUGAGAGCUUAGAUCCUUCUAGUAUUGAUUUCGAUGAUGAACAUAGGAUAAAAGUGGAGAUAGAACAUGGCAAACCGGAUCGUGAGUACUUUCGAAGAGGAAGUUGCGGCAUCAAGAUCAUUGAGAAUCAGACGAUCCUAGCAUGGCAGCUAACAUGAAAAACAGGGUUCUUUCGUUUCGGUUACCGUACAGUAUAUGGAAUACUUUUAGAUGUAGAGAGAUGCUCCCGCUCUCGAUCAGUAGUUUGCCAUUGUCAUGACCUACCAUGACGUAAUGACCGACAUGCAUGGGUAUUAAAAAAUGAGAAUAGAUUAAUACAAAUGAUAUCAUUCUUUGGUCUCCGUAUACUCUGUCUUGGGAAAUUUAGGACAACGUAUGUUUGGAGCCAGUAUGUAGUUCUAUAACAUUUGCUCCCGCGACAUGCUCCGAAGCAAAAUCUGCACGUUACGCCAACCAUGUAACAUAACCUGCAGAAUUGUUUAAGCCCUCAUCGUUAUCUUUUCGUUAGUUUGAACCAAAAACUAUUAUACAAUCCUCUGACCAUAUGCCCUCUGAGAUAUUGAGACCGGAGUAAAUGUCGCAUGCAGAAGCAAAUGUUGUUUACCCGUUUAUUUAAGCGAUCCGUCGAUUUUUUUUUGUUCAUAGCCAUAGUUUGAUAAUGGGAUGGGUCAUGCACUGGACAAGAUGCUCCACGGUGAACGGUCCUGUGCAGAGAGUACAAGCGGAAGUCCGCCCGAACGAAAAAGGACAUAUCAAUGAGAAAAAAAAAAACAAUAAGACGCUGAAAAUUCGUGUAAACUGUGAUAUGAAAGAAAACAUUUGACAUUUCAUUUUUUUUUUCAUUUCAUUUAUAUUGCCUUAUAUUACAUAUUACAUUUUUCUUCCUACAAUAUUACAUAAUAUACACGCAAUGGAACCAGGGACGUGAGAGGGAGACGUCCCUGAUGAAACAUAGCAUUUUUUCGUACAAAAAUUAUAGUUACGAUAAUCACACUAACAUGUUUGAAAUGGAGGAGGCUGCUAAAAAGCAUAGCGUGUACAAGUUGUAGUGUGCAGCCUCCUCGUCAAAAUAUUGUUGUAAAUAGGCCUAUUUUAAACCAAAACGACAACUUGAGCAUAAACCAAUAAGUAUAAAAAUUCUGAAAAAGAUUAAAACAUAAAAAUAUGAAGAUAGAUAGAUUUGGAUACAGUGAUAUAACAGUCAGUGGUUAUGCUAAUUCUGAUGGUAGUGGAAUUCAAAUUGGGGGAAUAAAUAAGUCACUAUUACUUUGCAUUUCAUUAUAAAAUAUGAGAUGCCUUAGUAUUUACUUGAAAUAAUACAAACAUACUCAGCGCAUAUCUCUGUCAAAUAACGUAAAAUGGGGUUUUGUUCCUUCUUGAAUAAUUCUCAUCGCCAUUGGUGCUACCUGUUUUUUCUAUAUUGAAAAUGCUUCCUAAAUUAAAAAUGAUACAAAUCUAUUCAUCGGGAUAAUAAUUUUCAAAAGAAAAAAAUGAGUAUAUGUUUAAAUAUCCUGCUGGGAAUAUAACUGUUUUGUGGGAAAAAAGCGAGAUUGUAAACAAUAUGACUUCCCUAUUUUACAUCCGAUUUCCAUGACAUUUCCAGAGUUACUUUUCUGAAUCUCCCUAUUUAUUCAAAUUAAUUUUUCGCUGGGGUGGACGUGUCUUAUAAUUAUUUUCUGACCAACUGAUUUCGAAAUAGUCGAAGGUAGAAAACCAACUUGGACAGGGCGACUAUACCUCACCUCAUAACAGUGUUGUAGUGCCUUGAUGCUCGGCCUUGGCCUUAAUGCGCCUUAAGGCCUACUUUUUCAAAGCAUUGGCCUUGAACAUUCAAGCCUUGGCCUUAAGAGGGCCCUGGCCUUGGACUUGAGGAUUUUGAGCCUUAAAAUUUGAAGGCAUUUUUAAGGCAUUUCCAAGGCAUUUUGUAUUUUGCACUUUCAUUUGUUUUAUAUAAGUAAAUAUAAAUGUUUCCCUUGUCCUGUAUAUUCAAUGGCACUAAUGGUCAAUAUUACCAGUCAGCAGUAGCAGUAGAUGAUUAUCAAGAACAAAGAAAACAGCAGUGAUGAAAAAUAACAUUAUUUUUUCGUAAUGUGUUGUAAUCAUGACAAAUGAUUUGACAAUAUUAAUAAUAAUGAUAAUGAUGAUAGUAAUAUUAUCAUAAGAUUGUAGUGAUUUGAUGACAGGAAUAAUUCUGAAAGAUGUGACUGCGAUUUUGAUACCAAUAUUCGUACUUUAAAAAUAGCUAUCUGUAAAAAAUGAUAACAAGGUUGAUUUAUAUUCCAUUAGGAUUUUAAUUCUAUUAUUUUCCUUGGCCAACAAUAAUGUCUUUAAGUCUUAAUGAUAUUCUGAAAAGAUUUGAUAAACUUGAACACAAAUUUCAAUUCUGUCAUAUCCAAAUGGGCUGUCAAUGGCAUGAUGAGCCAAGCAUGGCAUGUACACUGGAGAGCAAAAUUUCUGCAAAAAAGGUUGAAAGCAAUUGAAGCAAGCAAGCAAAAAUGUUAACCCUCUUGGUAUAAGAAAGGUUAUUUUGUGAUAGAUUGUGACAAGAUUUUUAGAAAAUAAUUCCACAUUCACUGCUUUUCCUUUUUAUAAGUGUAUUCUUGGUGGUGUAACUUCUCUCUCUCUCUCUCUUUUUUUUUUUUUUUUUUUUUGGGGGGGGUUCUGAAAACUUCUGAUAUUUUUUUUUAACAGGCGAGAAAGAGGAAUGGGAAGAGAGAGAGAGAAGGGGAGAAACAUGUGAGGGCGUAAGAAAGAUGGGGGUGACACCAUUUGGGUGGUUAGGCAGAAUAUACUGCAAAAUCAGUUAAUAUGUUGAUUGCUAGUACAUCUUUUCUAUUGUAUUAUAUUUUGGGUCUAGUGCCUCAGAUCGUAAAAAAAAAAUGUUUACUUCUUUUUAAUCAUAUGGUCCGACAGUGAAUUUCAUUUCACCACAGUU